CACACACACACACACACACACUGAGAGCGCUGGGCUUCACUCGUCUGACUGUGUGUUUGAGAUCCGGAUGGAAAGACAGAUUGUGUUUCUCCUGACAGUGUGAGUGUGUGUGUGUUUGUGUGAUGUAAUUGUUUAAAUUCAGCAGGUCGUAACGGGGCAAAUCCUCUGUUAAUCAUCAUCCGAGAUCCAUCACGACAGAUCCGACACAGAAACGCUCGAGAAACAAGUAUCGUGAUGUGGCAGCGCAUUCUGCUCGUGUGUUUACUGCUGGCGUUGUGUCGCGCAGCUCCUCACGCUCAUAUCAACCGUCUCGCGCUCUUCCCGGAUAAAAGCGCCUGGUGUGAAGCCAAAAACAUCACGCAGAUCGUCGGCCACACGGGCUGCACACCGCGAUCCAUCCAGAAUAGGGCUUGUCUGGGUCAGUGUUUCAGCUACAGUGUGCCGAACACAUUCCCACAGUCCACCGAGUCUCUGAUCCACUGUGACUCCUGCAUGCCUGCGCAGACGCAGUGGGAAGUGGUGACUCUGGACUGCGUGGGCAGUGAUGAGGCUCCACGUGUUGAUAAGUUAGUGGAACGCAUCCUCCACUGCAGCUGCCAGUCGUGCAGUAAAGAGGGCGGUCAGGAGGGGGCGCUGCUGCAGCUGUACCCUUCAGAGGGAGCACUGGAGACGCCAGCACUCUCAGACAAAACACACACAGACACAAACUCACAGCGUGUUCACACACAUGCUGACGUGCAUUUAGACAUACACACACCUGAAGCAGGGUGAUGAACACGCACAUACUCACGCGUUACUCUUCACGACCUACUGAACUAGUCUGUCUCUCUCUCUGUUUGUUGAAUUAAAGCACUUUUUCUUGUACAGCUGACAUCAUGAAGACACUAAUCAAGGCUAUAUCACGCUUAAUGAUCGUUAAAUCUGCUGAAAUCUCACAUCAGCUUUACAAACAAAUGCACAGAAUUCCAAAUGGCGUUUUGCGCCCUUUAAGGGCACUUUGUGAAGGGGACGCAACCCCAAACUAAAGUGAGCAACUGAAUCCCUUCAUUAUGGGCACUUCCACAAAAUUAGUACUUGAUAUUUCACUUUAAGAGUGAAUCUCACAACUGCGACUUUAUUUCGAAAUAACUACAACGUAUAAACUCGUAAUUUAGUUUAUAUCUCACAAUUGUGAGAAAUAAAGUCACAGUUGUUAGAUUUAAAUCAGAAGUACCUCUUUUAGUUUUUAAGUAUGUCAUAGUGAUGCUCACUUUACAAUGGAAUUCACCUAUACACACUCACACACACCCUGGACUAUAUUUUACAUGAUAAGUACACAAACACACUCAUGUCCUGAUCGAUAUACAGUACGUAAUGCACGUGAACACACACACACACAUUUUGGUUGUAUGUUACUUAUGUAUUGUUGUUUAAUCACAAUAAAAGUUUCAAUCAUCA